AUGCCGGGCUGCUUGCCUGCUACAGCCUACAGUACAGAGAUGCAGUUCAUGAUUUCUCUGUCAGAGUAUGCUCCGGCCAACAAAUACUGCACGCUCGCACAGGCCAAAACCACACAGUUCAGUCGGGCACAAGAACAGAGCUGGUGUGUGGUGUUCGUGCGUGCUCGGUGCUCGCGCGCGCGCACGAGCGGAGCGGCCGGGCGCCAUGCCGAGGACUCUGCUCCAGCCCAGGCCGAUCGCGCAGCCGCGUUCGCCCACGCCGGAGCGCCGGCGACCUCCGUCCUCCUCAUCGUCGCCGUCGUCGUUGCCGCGGCGGCCGCGGUCGUCGUGUCCCUCUGCACCGGCAGCAAGAACGCCAGGCCACGGAAGCAGCGGCGGUCGUCCCUGGCGCCGGCCCCGCAGGAGCAGCAGGACAGCGGCGGCGGCAGGAGCAAGCCGCAGCUGCUCGUCAGCCUCAGCGGCAUCGGCGUCAAGGCGGCCGCGGUGGCCAAGAUGGUCUCGUGGAACCGGCGCUCGCCGCCGGCGUCGGGCGGGUGGAGGAGCAACGACGACGACGACGUGGCCGCGGGGGAGGAAGAGGCCCUGUGGAAGAAGACCAUCAUCAUGGGCGGAAAGUGCCGCCCGCUCGAGUCCUCCGGCCACGUCGCCUACGACUCCGACGGCAACCCACUGCAGCCACCGGUCAAGGACGCCGCCGCGGAGGCUUAGAUUAACAACGACGCGUGCGUACGUAUGGACACGUGCAGCUGGGCCUUGGGAGUUUGAUUUGCCAGGUGUGUUUAUCAGGUGUUGCCACCAGUGGCGGCGCUUGAGCAAGUAAUCAGGGGGUGCCAGCUAUGAUACUUUAUUUUGAAAAUCAAUAAACAGUAGCUGGUUUACUGUUUGUUCAUUUAGUGUAAAUUUUCAGAAAUCAAGAGAGCCAUGGCCUCCUUUUCAAAUGCACUGAGCUCCGCCAGUGGUGCCAUAUCAACUCGUCCGUGCUUGUAGCCGCGUGCGUGCCGCCUAGCUUGAGUGCUGGACCUGUGCCUCCAAGGAUUUCGGAGUUGUCUGGUUGAAGUGGCCACCCGUAUCGAUCUGAUGAAGCGUCUCGCCUUUUCUUCAAGCAGAAUCAAGUUGAUGCCAGAGAUCAGUCAAGUAGUCGAUCCAGGGUUAUUUUGAUGGCUAAAUUUUAAUUUAAGAAAAUAGUCCUUCAAUAGUUUGGACUGCAGCCAUGGGAUCCAAGAACUAUUUGGCUCUUAAAAUAUUUUUUCAAAUCAUUUAGCUGCCAUUCUUGCAAAAGAGAGGGAUAGAAUUAGUGGAUCCCAAUCCAAAUAGCUCCAAAUAGCAUUUCUUGGAGGAGAUAGUUUUUUUGAUGGGCUAUUUGCAAAUAGUCCAGAAAUAGUCAUUCUGUUUAUCUCAUAUUAGGCUAUUUGGGAAGGGUUAAAAAUAGCUCAGAGAUCCAAAUAGGAUCUAUAUCUCAUGAUCGUAUUCCUUUUGAAAUAAUACACUAAAUCAGACACUGAAGUA